AUGGAGCCCGUCGGCCUCGGCAUUGGUGUCUUGGGUCUCGCCGGGCUCUUCACAAGCUGCAUCGACUGUUUCAAUCUCGUCCAGCGGGGACGCUACCUUGGACGCGACUAUCUGAUUCUGGAGACAAAAUACAAGAACCAGCGAUUGCGUCUCUUGACCUGGGGUCAAGCAUGUGGCCUCACAAGGCCCAAUGAUCCCGAAUCCGAUGAUUCAGGAGGGUCAAGAUGGGACGAGAACGUCCAUUCCGCCGUUUCCGAGACUCUCCUCCGGAUUCGCUCCCUAUUCCAGGAUCACCGCGCACUGCGACGGCGGUAUGGGCUCACGAUGGAUGAAUCGAACAUUGACGGCAACAUGACACAGUCCGCCCUGACAACAUCACCGCGGCCGUUCGUGCCCAAGCGCCGCAGCUUCCCCUCGGCCGUCCGUUGGGCCAUCGACGACAACCGCAAGUUUUCCGAGUUGGUACAACACCUCAAGGACUUCAUCGACGACCUCGAGGCGUUAACAGCCGACCUCCAUGCGCGCCAACGACAGCGAGAGCUGAUCGAAGUCGAAGUCGGGAGUAUAUCGGACUUGAGCGAACUCGAAACGAUGGAAGAGGCGCGCAUGGGCGCUAUCGAUGCCGUCGCCGACGCCGCCAGUUUACGGCUUUGCCAGAUAAACAAUCUUGACAUCCAGCUGGACUUGACUGAACCUCUCCCCUGGUAUGACAGCACCGCCUUGGGGGACUCGGCCCCAGCCCAAACACCCCAAACACCGCAGACACCGCACACGCCCAAGACUCCUCAGACCGAGGACUCUGAAUGGGACAUGGUCGAACCAAGCGUCGCCCCGGAAACAGACCCAUUAGAAAUGUACUACCAAGUACUCUAUCGGGUCACAUGCGACGCCCAACCGACCAUGAUCUUCCUUGACAUACCGAACUAUUCCCACGAGAACCGGAGAGAACCAGAUCAGCAAUGGCUCGUCAUUGAUGCCGAUGCUCCGCUCCGGGACCCCGCCCCCUUGCAUCUGGCCGGACAACGGCCGUUGCCGAACCUCGAAGCGUAUCUGAACCAAAACACCCAUUUGUCUUUCCUGGUGAUUCGGGAGUACAAGUGCCUUCACGAGACAGGCCGUCGCCCUUGUCAGCCCAACUUGACCCAGACCUGCAUUCGGCUCACCUCCGACCUCUUGUGUGCGACCCUGAACUCCUGGCGCCUCGCAGCGCGGCCUCCCAACUUCCAUCGUGAUAUGGAGCUCGGCCCCCCAUACACGUGGUUCUAUCACAAUCGCAAAGUGCUCACCGACCCUAUGAGUUUGAUUGGGCCACGCCCCUUGGAUCGACACAUGGCGGCCGCAGAGACGCUUCUGGAAUACAUCAAGGCCUGCAUGGAUGAUCUGUACAGCGGGCUAGACCAGUCCCUCGAUGGCAAUGGGCGCGUUUCAUGGGUUCAUCUCCCCCUCAUCUUUCGUCCCGGCGAUAUAGUGGUCCAGCGCCUCCCCGAAGGCGAUGAUGACUUUCGCGCUUUUGAGCAGACUGGCCCCCCACGUGUCGUUUUCGUAGAUGACGAUAUCUCGGCCGAAGUUCUCGAAAUCCCCGUCGCUCGUGUUUUCUCUGCUGAUAACCGGCGCCCACUGCUGCUGGAACCGCAGGUUCUCCGUAUCCGCCGCGCUCUGUUCGAGGGCGAUGAGGAAGUGGCGUUGCUCUCGGCACUUCCAAUUGUCCCCCUACAUCUCGCUGAAGACUGUGACGAGGGUUACCUCGUGAGCAGGGGCAAGAAAGCUUUCGAGAUGACGCGAGGGUUGAGUUUGGUCGUAUACCAGGAUCAGGAUUCCGACCCCUUGAACGGGGAAUAUAUUAUCGACGCCCCUCUAUUCCAAAAGCAACAGAAUGGCCCUCGCAAGACCAUCACACUAAGAAAAGAGGGUGAUGCCCAGCCCGAGGGGCGAGAUGACUUGCUCGACGACUUCGACAGGGUUGCUCCGCCGCAGCCGAAUGAGCCGGCAGAAGCGAACCCCGAAACCGCCUCCUUAAGCGAACUACGGACCUACAUGUGCAUGCCGCACACCCUCCCGGGGUUCAACAUGCGCCAUCACGUUUGGAAACGCCUUCUGGUCCGAAACAUCGAGUACGAAUCCCACGUCCACGCCAAUGUCGAGGAUGCCCAGGCCCAAAGUCGACAACAUGCUGGUCUCGGACGACCUCAAGGCUUCCAUGAGAAAGAUCUUGGGACCGAUGGAACUGAAACCCAGCUGGCGGUGGCAUCGCCGCCAGCGGAUCACAUCGAGUCCGCUGCCAGGGUGGCCUCGCGCAUGACCCAAAGACCGCUCUACCGCAUCCGGAUCUCAGGGCCUGACAAAGACCUCGACAAGAUCUUCGAAAAAGCCAAGACCCUCAACGCCGACUGGGGCUGCAUCUUCUUGAUCGAAGACAUGAUCGAAGCGUACACCUCCCAUAACCAAGCCUCCUCCCGAAUCAACCUCGUCCUGCUCCCAAUCCUCCGCUUCCUCGACAGCUUUAACGGCAUCACCAUCUUCCUCCUCGCCUCAGAAGAUGCCAAGACCGAUUCCCUAAAAUACGUCGAGCCCCGGAUCAAGCAGCGGCUGUGCAGCAGCUUCAACAUCGGCAACGAGGACGUUCCUGAGCACACGCGCGAGCAGCUUUGGAAGGAGUGCAUGAUCGGCAGGCUUGGAAUGACCGAGGGGUUCCUCUCCGAUGACACGCGGGAGAGGCUGAAGAAACUCGCCAAGUUUAACCUGACGUGGGACGCCAUCAGUUCAACCGUUUAUGCCGUGCUGCCCAAGGGCAUCGCUCCCGAUUCGGUCAAUUGGGACCUUGUAGAAGAGUUGGCUGAACAGCAGCAACAGUUCAAGAACCCAGCCCUGAACGAUCUAUGGUGA